AUGACAAUGUGUGAUACCUCAGUUGGCGUCGCACAUGAUGCCUUCAACACAUUCUUCAGCGAGACUGGUUCCGGCAAGCAUGUGCCUAGGGCCAUCUUCGUCGACCUUGAGCCCACUGUCAUCAACGAGGUUCGCACUGGCUCGUACCGCCAGCUCUUCCACCCAGAGCAGCUCAUCUCAGGGAAGGAGGACGCAGCUAACAACUUUGCUCGUGGCCACUACACGGUUGGGAUGGUGAUUGUCGAUCUAUGCAUGGACCGUGUGCGCAAGCUUGCAGACAACUGCACUGGGCUUCAGGGAUUCUUGGUGUUCAAUGCUGUUGGUGGUGGUACUGGCUCUGGACUUGGUUCACUGCUGUUGGAGCGCCUUUCAGUUGAUUAUGGCAGGAAGUCCAAGCUUGGUUUCACCAUUUAUCCUUCCCCACAGUGUUGGUCAUCAUUUUCCUGUUUGGUUGUGUUGCUUCUGCUUGUUAUUCUUGCAUUGAGCGUGAGCGAGGUCGAGGCAUUGUACAAGCUGUUCAAGAAGAUCAACAACGCCUUCAUCGAUGAUGGGCUGAUUAACAAGGUCAUCAAUGGGUGUCUGCUGCUACAGGCCAACCACGCUAGGCGAUCGCGGAGGCCAACCACGCUUCAGGCGCGAUCAGCCGCCGCCAUGCAGGGCUUCCCCGGCGGCGCCCCCGAUCCGCAGCAACUAUAG